AUGCAAUUUUCCAGUAUUAAAGUGGGUUUAGCCCUUUUGGUUUUGCAGAGCUGUGCAGCAUCUGUUUCUGCUCAAGGACUUUUCGAUUUCUUUGAUGAUGCACUCAAGAAAAACACCACUACGGUUGAUCCCUAUGCACACGAACCUACCAAGAGUAGCAGUAGUAAGACUGAGCUGCCUACAAACUUUUACGAUUCUUUUACGUUUGCAACUCCCUCGACUUACUCUCUAGUUGAUCCAUCAUCGCACAAGCCUGCUACUCCAUCGCACACGCAGCUUUCUUCUUCUUCGGCAGAAGUUUCCCCAACUCAUGCUGUUUCAUCGUCGACUACUUCAUUAGAUGCUUCCGGUGCUAAAAGUAAGCCUACUGACAGUGCUUCAGCUUCCUCUUCCUCCGUCUCAGAGACUACUUCGACCAUAAAAAGCAGUACCGCAACCUCUGAAACAGCUAGCUCUGGUACUCAGACGUCGUCUGAGAGUUCUGUUAGCAAGCCUUCCUCUUCUUCUGCCACCGCUUCAUCAUCAUCUUCUUCUUCUUCCGCUUCUGCUUCUCUUUCUUCUUCUUCUUCUUCUUCUUCUUCUUCUUCUUCUUCCUCUAUUCAACCAUCAGCGUCAUCGCACACCCCAUCAUCGAAUGAAGCCUCAUCUUCUGGAAUGUUUUCUUCAUCUAGUACGAUCUUAUCCUCUUCAAGUAGUAUGAUUACUUCUUCUACUACAAGUGAGAUUAUCCCAUCUAGUUCCACAAGUUCAACAAGUGAGAUUGUCCCAACAAGUUCAUCAAGUGAGAUUGUCCCAACAAGUUCGACAAGUUCGACAAGUUCAUCCAGCAGUGUGAUAAUCAUUUCUUCUCCUUCUUCAUCAUCUUCUUCUACAAGUGCAAUUAUUCCUACAACUUCCUCUAUUGUAAGUUCGUCUAGUAGUGAAGAGCCUACCUCCUCUUCGACAUUAUCGAUUGUUCCAAUUAGCACAACUAGCUUGGAAACAUCUAGCACUCCUAUACUGCAAUUGAACACAACCACAUCGGCACAAACCUCGGAAAUAACUCCAACUACUUCAUUGAUACCCAUUUCGACCUCCGAGGAAACUUCAAUUCCAUCAUCUACCUCUAUUUCAACUGAAGUCAUUCCAUCUUCUACUUCAACUUCUACCUCUACCAGCUCUGCAGUCUGGGGUUCUGAGACACUAAAGAUUUCCUCUUCGAUAUUGCCUCCAACAGUAACUUCAACAACAGCUCAAAUCACACCAGUAGAUAAUACCACAGAAUCUACCCCACAAACUCAAACCCCAACGUUUACUCCUUUGACCUCUACUUCAACACUUCCAAAGUUGAUUACUGAAUCCAUUUCUGAACCAUCGUCUACCUCCCCUGUUGUCCAAUCUCCUGUGACUAGUGCUGGUUCAUCAUCUGUUGUGCCUUCUUCAGUCACUGUACCAUUGUCAACAUCAACAACAUCUUCUCAAAAGGUUUGGUUACCAACAACAAUGGUUAUCGAAACUAACACAGAGGAAGGGCCUUCUUCUACUGUCUCGACAUCAAGGAUUGCAACCGAAACAUUGCCACAAGCAAUUGCAGCAGCUACUAAAGUCACACAGGCAGCCGGAUACACCCUUAUUACGAUUGGUUUCAAAAAAGAAUUGAACUAUCCAUUUGCGGUGUCUAACCCAAUUGCUAAUGCUCAAAUAUUCCAGUACUUACCCCAAGUAUUGGCAUCACCUUUUGAAGAUAAAAGUAACAAAUUCCAAAACACUUCUGUCUUACAAUUGGUGCCAUUGAAGGUUGACAAAAAGGACUACCUUGUUACCGUGGCUCAAGUCUACUUCCCACAAGAUAGUACAAAUGCGUUAGAAGCCUUGAUGUUGAAUACAUCAAGUGACUUUUACAAGAACCCUGACGGCCUGUUGAAGCAGCUGGCCUCAUAUAUCGACCCAUCUAUCCCACUAACUGGUUUAGUUGAAUCAGGAUCAGACUCCUUGAUUUCCGGGGGCUAUAACGGUGGCUCUGGAUCUGAGUCCAACUCAAAUUCAGGCUCGGGUUCAAACUCGGACUCAGACUCUAACGGCUCAUCUAAGGGUGGUUCUAAAAGUAAGGGUGGAAUUAACUUGGGUUCGUUAGAUGAUAAUGCUUACAGUACACGUUCCAGAUUAUCUUCAAGUACUUCUGGUAAAUCUUCCAAUGAGGGCAUGGAUGGCAAAAAGAUCGGAAUCUUGGUCGGUAGCAUUGCUGCUGGUGCUAUAGUAGCAUUAGGUGGUAUCUAUUUGCUAGCUUUAAGAAUUAGAAAACAAAAGAAACAAAUUUUAGCUAACCCAGUUGCAGACGACCAACAAUCUUACGACAGCUACGAUUACGAAUCCUCUUUUGAUUAUAAUGCCGGCUAUGAAAAGGACCAUGCAAUGAAUGAUGACCAGGUUUCCAUUAGUCCAAGUGCUAAAAUUAACAAUUGGAUUGACUAUAAUACUUACAAUGAAUAUCCAGAAGAUACCCAACCAACAACUAAUGGUAUUCACGGGCAAAGACCACCAAUGCCUUCUAGUAAGACAUCAAACUUGAAAAUUUCUAGACCAAUUGCUACUGAAAACUCCUUGGGUUGGAGUGAUUUAUAA